CGUGGCCGCUUCCGGCCUUUGUGGGUCACUUGUGAUGGGUUCCGGGUCCCAAAAGGGUUCGAGGCCUCCUGCCUUCGCUCUGUAGGAGGGAGUUCUCUUCUGGCCCCGGGGGCCGCAGGACUGUCCAGGAAUAAAUUUUCCAGGGGAGAUCUUACUUGAAACACCGGUAGUUCUGGCACAGCUAAAAUGGCAUCUCCUUGGGCUAUCCAGGCCCACGUGGACCAGGAUGAACGUUUGGAAGUAAAGAUAGAGAAGUAUACCACUAGACAGGAUUGGGACCUGCAUAAAAACAACACCCAUAGCAGAGAGGUCUUCCGCCAGUACUUCAGACAGUUCUGCUACCAGGAGACAUCUGGUCCCCGUGAGGCUUUGAGCCGACUCCGAGAACUUUGCCAUCAGUGGCUGAGGCCAGAGACCCACACCAAAGAACAGAUUCUGGAGCUGCUGGUGCUGGAGCAGUUCCUGACCAUCCUACCUGAGGAGCUCCAGGCCUGGGUGCAGGAGCAGCAUCCAGAGAGUGGGGAGGAGGUGGUGACUGUGCUGGAGGAUUUAGAGAGAGAAUUGGAUGAGCCAGGAGAGCAGAGUGAGUCUGUCAGCUACAUCUCAUUUUCCUCAGGUCUCAGCCCACACUGGGGAACAUGAAAUGUUCUUGCAGAAGAUGGUACCUCUAGGAAAAGAAGGAGAACCCAGUAUGCCCCUCCAGUCCAUGAAAGCCCAGCUAAAGUAUGAAUCUCCAGAACUUGAAUCCCAACAGGAGCAAGUUUUAGAUGUUGAGACUGGAAAUGAGUAUGGAAAUUUAAAGCAAGAAGUUUCUGAAGAAAUGAAACCACAUGGGAAUACAUCCAGUAAAUUUGAAAAUGAUAUGUCCCAGUCUGCUAGGUGUGGAGAAACUCAUGAACCUGAAGAAAUAACAGAAGAGCCCUCUGCAUGCUCCAGAGAAGAUAAACAACCUACCUGUGAUGAAAAUGGAGUAAGCCUGACUGAGAACUCUGACCAUACUGAACAUCAGAGAAUCUGUCCAGGAGAAAAAUCUUAUGGAUGUGAUGACUGUGGAAAAGCUUUUAGUCAGCACUCACACCUCACAGAACAUCAGAGGAUCCAUACUGGAGACAGACCCUACAAAUGCGAAGAAUGUGGAAAAGCUUUCCGUGGGAGAACUGUGCUUAUUCGACACAAAAUAAUACACACUGGAGAGAAACCAUAUAAGUGUAAUGAGUGUGGCAAAGCCUUUGGCCGGUGGUCAGCUCUUAACCAACAUCAGAGACUUCACACAGGAGAAAAACACUAUCACUGUAAUGACUGUGGCAAAGCCUUUAGUCAGAAAGCAGGCCUCUUUCACCACAUCAAGAUCCACACAAGAGACAAACCUUAUCAGUGUACUCAGUGUAAUAAAAGUUUUAGUCGGCGUUCCAUACUUACUCAGCAUCAAGGAGUUCAUACCGGCGCGAAGCCCUAUGAGUGCAAUGAGUGUGGAAAAGCCUUUGUUUAUAACUCAUCCCGUGUUUCCCAUCAGGAAAUCCACCACAAAGAAAAAUGCUAUCAGUGUAAGGAAUGUGGGAAAUCCUUCAGUCAGAGUGGCCUUAUUCAGCAUCAGAGAAUUCACACUGGGGAAAAACCUUACAAAUGUGAGGUAUGUGAAAAAGCCUUUAUUCAAAGGACAAGUCUUACAGAACAUCAGCGAAUUCACACUGGAGAAAGACCUUAUAAAUGUGAUAAGUGUGGGAAGGCGUUUACUCAAAGAUCGGUCCUCACGGAACAUCAGAGAAUUCACACUGGAGAAAGGCCCUACAAGUGUGAUGAGUGUGGGAAUGCCUUCCGAGGAAUCACCAGCCUCAUUCAGCAUCAGAGAAUCCACACUGGGGAGAAGCCCUACCAAUGUGAUGAGUGUGGAAAAGCCUUCAGACAGAGGUCAGAUCUUAGUAAACACCAGAGCAUCCAUAAUAGAGGUGGUCCCUAUGUAUGUAAAGAGUGUGGGAAAUCAUUCAGGCAGAACUCAGCUCUUACUCAACAUCAGACUAUCCACAAAGGAGAAAAAUCUGUUUCUGUGUGAUGACUACAGGGAAGUUAUCUCACAGAGUUCAGGCCGGUGAGAAAUACUAUUUAGCUUUACAAUUAUUGGGGUAAAACUUCAGUCACCAUUGUUACAGGGAAACCUCAGAUAUUUAAUAAGAAUUCAGUAUGUGCUGCCCAUUGUAUUAGGUGCUGUGGAGAACAAGAAGAUAACCCCAAACUCUUUUCUCAGAGAGUUUAUAGCCUAGUUUGGGAUAGGUAAGAUCCACAUAUUUAGUUAAAUAAGACUACAGGAGAGUAGAAUAGAUGCACAAGUCGGUGUUGAAUAAAAGUGGUACUUUGUAGCCUGUAAGUGCUAUAAAUUCUAAAGGACAGGUUACUUUUGCCUGGAGUGGUGAAGAAAGAUUUUAUUUAAAAUAAGGAUUUGAUGGGCAGACUUAGCAGUCACAAGGAAGAAAAUGGGUAAAACAAAUGUAAGCCAACUUAAGAGUGCGUGUGGUUUGGAAGCAUCAGGGAAAAAACUAGCCAACCUGAAGUAAAAGGUUCAUGCAAAUUGUGCAAUCAAUAGCAUUAAGUUGGAAACAGCUUGGGGACAGACUAUAAGAAGGCCAGAAUGUGAAUAAUUUCAUCUCAUACUUUAUAGCACUUUGACAUUUACAGAGCACUUUUCUUAUUCCUAAAAUACCUUGGUAAAUCAAAAGCAGUCUCCAUUUUAAAAAUGAGAAUACUCUUGCCUAUGAAGACGGCGACACAGCUAUAAUUCCACACAAAGAAAAAGACCAGUAACCUAAGUGCAGGUCUCUUGACUUCUAGUCCUGGCCAUUACACUAGUGAUCUUCCAACAUUGAUGAACAUCAAAAUCACGUUUGGGGCUUGUUUAACAUCCCUGAAUCCCACUCACAUUCUGCUUCAUUAGGCCUAGGAUGCAAGUUAAGAAUCUUCAUUUUUAUAGCUCCACAGCUACUUAAUAUACUUUAAAAUUUGAGAAAUGUUGAGUUGAAUGACAGCUGACUUCAUGGCUGUCUGCAAAGUGGGGAAGCCUGAACACAGUCCUGUAAACUAAAGGCCACUGCAGACUUUUAGCACAAGGAGAUCCUUACAGGGAACAUGUGCCACCAGCUCUUUGGAGUAAACCGGGAAUUAGACCCCCAUCAUGCCAAAAACUAGGGUUUUAAGGUGGUCUUUCCGUCCCUUCAGAUUUAAGUAUUUAAAGAAAAAGAGACAGACCUACAUUCCAAGGGUCUUCUGAGUGCAAGGCCUUGUGUUGUCUGUGUAUUUAGGGGAGGGCUUGGUGCUCUUCUCUGCUUUACGCUUUACCUUCUUUUGUUUCCCAGAUCUCUUGUUACCACUAUGUUCUGAAUUCCCUAAUAAUUGCUCUUGAGAACGGAUUUACAUUUUGUUGGUUUGUAUACUUCUUGAGCACAUAAAAGGACCCCAAAUUAGAGAUACUAUCCCUUGGGCUUCUGAAAAAUGAACCAAAAACUGGUUGACUCUAACCUUGUCUUGCUGAGUAAAAAUUCUGCUUUGGAUGAGAACCUGUCUUGAUUGUUUUAGUGGACAACAGGCAAGCCACAUAGAAGUACACAUGGCUCCUGAUCUGUCUUUUUAUUUACGGAAAUCAUUCUUAAUCUCUACAGAGAUGGCCUGUUAGUUCCUUCCUUUUCUACCCUGCCACAGCAAACUCCACAAUUUCUGGGACUAACUUCCUACUGCACCCCAACACAAGUCCAGUCCUCUCUUCUCUUCACACUUCUAGCUGGUCAAUGGGUUUGAAGUGGUGAGACAGUGAUAAAAGGGGAAGGGGAAAAAUAAAAGAAGGGUAAUCUGCAUUCUUCCUUAGUAAGUCCCACUCCUAAUUACCUAAUUACACAGUCCUGUGUCUUUGUCCCAUCUUCACUCCUGUAAUACAUUCCCCACCCCCAUUUUCUUAGUGCCACUGUCUCUUGCCUCUCUAGCCAUAAACCCUGUACAGAAUUUCAUCCCUGGGUUGGAACUAGAAGCGCCCGUUGGUCCUAUAGAAAUAUUAUAUUUCUAGCUAAGUUGUAAAUAUGAACACAUAUUCCCAUAGAAGUCAUAAUGGUCUAAGUAUUAUAAUUCAGGUAUAUUGGGUGUCAGAUUGACUUCUGGGAUUGGAACUUACAUGACUUUCUGUGUGGAAAAAACUUCUUGAGUUCAUGAGAGAGAAAGGCAAAUGAACAGUUGAAAAACAACUUACUCAUAAGUUGAGGACUGCUUAGUUAGGUUUUUUUCAUAACCCCAGCAUAGGAGUUGCACGCAUAAGGCACUGAGGCAACUGGGAUUGGAAACCUAGUUUUCUUCCUCCAGGAAACAAGGAACCCAGAGUGAGCCUGGGAGCUCUGUAGCUAUAAGUAUGUGAGGCCUAUGCUCUACCUACGUUUACCCUGCCUCCCAUUUCUCACAUAAUGAGAAUGCAAACUUGUAACCAAACCAAGGUUCAGCUGCUUGCAGCUCCAAAGCCAAAACUCGGGAGAGAAGAGAGUUGGUGGGAGGAAAAGCAGAUUUAUUUGGAGAGCCAGCAAACUGAGACGAUGGUAGGCUAGUGUCCUAAAGUACCAUCUUAAGUCAGUACAAAUUUUAGGCUCUUUUUAUGUUAAGGGCAAAAGGAAGAGGAUAGAGUUGGGAUGAAGAGGUAACCUAUGACCACAGACAUCUGGAUGCCAGCAAGAGUCCAAGGAGGUUGGGAACUUCUUUGUCAUUGGUUGGGUCACAAUGCUCCUGUAAAUCUUUAACAAAACAUAGUUAUACAUCUUUAAUCCCAGAGUUUGUUUUUAAAACUACAUGAUUGCUGUUUUGCAUAUUAUCUCUGCUCUAAAAUUAGCCUACAUGAAGGAAUGGGUAAAGGCUCCUUAAACAAAAAUGGAGUUACUUAUGUUAGUUCUUGUGCUGUUUCACUGUUAGAAACUCCUCUCAGUGGAGGGGACUUUACUUAAUGAUGAGAACCUGUGUGAGAAUGUUCUCCUUACCAAAUAUGCUAUGCAUACUCCUUAUCUAAUCUGAUUUUAUAGACUUGUUAUCCAAACUGAAAUUACUGUUCAUAGUAACUUCAGAGCCUCUCUUUUAAUCUGACUGCUCACUGGAAUGCAAUCCUUGUUUUAAACUUGCCUUCUAUUCCUCUCAGUGCCUUUACUUGGGGGUCUUUCCAGCUCAUUUUCUGCUUAAUAUGGUCUGUCAUUGCGCACAUUCCUCCAUUUGCCUUUCUGCACGCGACUUAAUCUUUCUUAUAUACCUAAUAUUAUAAAGGGGCCAUAAACAAAGACUCAGAACAAUGGAAUAUGCCGAUUACAGGAGGGUACAGUUCAUACUUGUUUAAAAAUAAAUGUGGAGGCUGGGCGUGGUGGCUCAUGCCUCCCACCUUUGGGAGGCCGAGGUGGGCGGAUCACGAGGUCAAGAGAUCGAGACCAUCCUGACCAAUGUGGUGAAACCCCAUCUCCACUAAAAAUACAAAAUUAGCUGGGUGUGGUGGCAUGUGCCUGUAAUCCCAGCUACUCGGGAGGCUGAAGCAGGAGAAUCGCUUGAACCCAGGAGGCAGAGGUUGCAGUGAGCCGAGAUCGCGCCACUGCUCUCCUGCCUGGCGACAGAGCGAGACUCCGUCUCAAAAUAAAAUAAAAUAAAAAUAUAAAUAUAUGUUGGGGUUUUGUUCUGGUUAUUUCUCAUGCUUAAAUACAGUUGUAGUACCAAAAAAUGGUGGAGUGACAUGGAAUUUCCAGGUAGGCAUCAAAGGGGAUUAAACUAGCUCUCCAGGAUAAAGAGGAAAUAUAGUAGAAUAAGGCUACUAAUUGGAGCUAAAUUGGCAAUAUAGGGAAAUUUAAGGCCCUGAGGGGCAAAUGGAGGAUGUGACAUGUUAGAUAUGGAAUAGGAGUACUACACUGCGGAGUGCAGUGAACAGAGAAUGCUUUGUGAUGAAGUCAAGAGUACAUUUUAUGGAUAAAAUAUAGAUGUGGUGUGACAGUGACAAGAUCCUAGGAAACCUGAAACCUCUGAAGCAUUUUAUGUAUGUGGAUUUUGAAAUAACAAUAACAGGGGGUGGGAUGGAAAGGAAGAAUAUGAAAGUGAAGCAGGUCCAAGGUAGAAAUAAUGGUCAUCAAUUGUAACAACAGCCAGAUAGAAGUAUCUGGUGUAAAACUCAUAUGAAUCAUAAAAUUUGCAAAUAAUAUUAAGGACAAGAAUAAGAUUGACUGGCUUGUCUUUUCUAAUUGGUUCAAGGUAAACAUGAUAUUAAGUGUUUAAUGCAAAAAGCAUGGAGAGGUUGGGGAAGAGCCAAGUUUCUAAAGUAAUGAAAAGUGAAGUGAGUUUCAACUCAGGCUGUGAAUGAAAACAUAACCUGACAAACUGAUUCCAGAGAGUGCAGUGGGAAGGGACUGCAGAGGAAAACAGAAUGGGGCCCUCCUUCCAACAAUACAUUGUAUUAAGAGGUUACCAGAGUUUGAGGUAUGAGAUGAAGCUAAUGAGGAAGGACAGUGGGAUUCAGCAGGGCUCCAAAUCGAGACAUCUCAACUGUAUAAUGAGGUUGGUUGUAGAGAGCACUAAGAUACAAGAACGUAGACAAGUCUGCACUCCUGUACUCAGUACAGAAGUAGUCUUUUUUGUUAAUAUACAGAUUAUUUGUCGAGUUGCUAUAGUCAAAACAAAGCUGUUCUUAUUGAACAUCUUUUGGAAUUGAGAAAAGGGUUUAUUAAUGACAAUACUCCACACUUAUUAACUGCUAAGGGCCAGACAUUACUAAAUGCUUUACUUACAACAUCUCACUUUCAGCUGGGGAAACUGAAAUAGAUAAGCUAAAGCUGCUCAAGGUCCCAGAGUUAGUAUGUGGUAAGGCCAAGAUUUGAACCCAGGCAGCCCACUUCAAGAGUCCACACUUUUAACUUCUGUGAUACACUUCCUCAGUUUAUUUCAGUUGAACAAACCAUGUGUUGCAGUGGUAAUUCAGUGUCUUGAGUAAUUAUCUGUAAAAACUUUUUAUCUCUAGUCAAUAUUCUGAAAAAUCAUUCACAAAGUCCUGGAGUCCAAACACCUCAGGUAAUAGUAUUAUGACCCCCUCUGCAUACCAAAUCUUGGAUGAGGUUUGGCCAGCAUAAAUAGCUCUACUUCUUGUUGCCUGCACAGAGAGGGUGUCACAGGAGACAUUCCACUUUAAAAAUGGGCUCUUUAUAUGAAAAGAUCAUCCUUCUUAGCUUAGAAUCAUAAAUCACUCUGCAUUAAUCUCACAGAAUAAGGAAUAUUUGGCUGUCUAAUUUAAUACAGAAAGAUUUAAAGAUUUGUCCCCAAGUGUUGAUAACCCAUGAUGGAUGUAUCUUUAAUGUGAGUUUUUAAAAGUGAUUUUAUAUUAGAAGAUACUUCUUGGAUUUAAAAAUGUACACACACACAUAUAUGUGAUAUAUGAUAUUUUUCUUUGCUUAAGACUCACCAGUUUUACUGUUCAAAUGAUGUCCCUCCUAACUCCACAAGGCCAGAAUUUGAGCAAAUGCUUGUUCAACCUAGACAUAAUCAUUCGAUAGCCUUUAAUUGAAUCUCUUCCCAACUGUUAUCCUUUAAACCGAAAAGUUAUACCACAGUCACUAUAGCAGCUCAUUUUAUUGGAAUUUCUUUGGAUCCUCUCCCUCUCAAACAUUCUGCAUGUAUUUGGAAAGGAGUCCUCACACAUUAUUUUUUACUUGUAUAGUAUUUCUACAUAUAUAUAUAAAUGUGUACAAAGUAUGUAUGAA